AUGAACUGGCGACAUGCUUUACAGCAUUUUGGAGGCUUGGAGGUCCUGGUCUGUGAAUGUUUGUGUGCUCAGCGGUUUGUCGGACUCACCAAACGUUUCCUUUUCUUUCCAGCUUUGUUUUUCCUGCAGCUUUACCACUCGCCUUUCUUUGGCAACGUCAACAAGCCUGUGCUGCUUCCCAAAUCUGAACUUGUGGACAGAGCUGUUAAAGUCCUGGACCAAAUGACUCCUUACGAUACUCACAAAAUUGGAGUUGUGUACGUCGGAGAAGGACAGAUCAGUAAUGAAGUUGCCAUUUUGUCCAAUGUGUAUGGCUCCCUUAGAUAUGCUCAGUUUUUGACAGGCCUUGGAAAACUGAUCUAUCUGAAAGACUGUGACCCUGAUCAGAUAUUUCUUGGAGGACUGGACCAGUAUGGUGAUGAUGGGGAGUUCACGUACUGUUGGCAUGAUGACAUCAUGCAGGCCAUAUUUCACAUUGCUACCCUGAUGCCAAACAGAGACUCUGAUAAAGGAUGCUGCAACAAGAAGAGACACAUUGGCAAUGACUUUGUCAUCGUUGUCUAUAAUGAUGCUGGCGAGGAGUAUAAGCUGGGAACCAUUAAGGGCCAAUUUAACUUUGUGGAAGUGAUCAUCAAGCCUUUGGACUACAGCAGUAAUCUAGUCACACUUCAGUGCCGAAGAGAUUUGGAAGGUCUUGUUGACACAAGUGUGGUGAAGAUUGUGUCCGACAGAAACUUACCUCUGCUGGUACGGCAGAUGGCACUGCAUGCCAACAUGGCUUCCCUGGUUCAUCACCACAGAGCAAAUCCUUCUGAUGCCUACCCUUCCAAGUGGCUGGCAAGACUGAGGCAGAUAAAGAAAAUCCGAAUGCGGGCGCAAGAGGAAAUGCAAGCUCGGCCAACUCCCGGAAUUUCCCUGGUGCAUAACAAAAACACUCAGCCGUCAGGGGGCCCUGGAGCAGAAGGCGGACAGAGGAAGCGGUUGGUGUCCACAGUUGACGAUUUCACAGACUUUGUUUGACACACAAGUGCACCUUGUCCAAAUUUUCUAUUUAAAGAAAAAAAAAAUACAUUGAAGGAAAAAGUGA